AGCACCAGGAACAGUGGGCCAGCUUGCAGAGCUCUUCCUGAGGCGGAUAAUCCCCAUUUCUACACGAAGUCUAAUGCAAUCAGGAAGGAAUUUCUAUAACUCACCUCAAGGAAAACGGGUUUUGGAGGCAAAUGCGAGUUACGACGUAGAAGUUCACCAAUAGGAAAAGCUUGGACGGCACCAUGGUGACAUACAGUCUGGCUUUAACUUUUAUUAUCGCGGCUCUUUGGCGGGUUAGCGGCGAACCUCAAACUAACUCCUCACCAGCGAUGCAGUUAAAUUCAACAUCAUCAUCAUCCACCAUCAGCGAAGAUGAACUGACAAGUAAUGUCACAGAUGCUGCCGUGGGAUCCCGGAUUUCAUCUCUAAUGACGCAUCUUCCAACUCUGAAAAACAUUGUUAUUUUCAUCUGCGUGUUAACAGCUGCUCUCAUCACAUGCCUGGUCAUCAAAGUGGUCAGAUCUGGGAGGCGAAUCAGAAAAACACGAAAAUAUGACAUUAUAACGACGCCUGCAGAGCGCGUUGAGAUGGCCCCGCUUAAUGAGGAGAACGAUGAUGAGGAUGACUCAACUCUAUUUGAUGUCAAAUACAGGUGAAUCCCAGCGUGGACGUCAUUAUUUGAUAACUCCUGCUCUCCCCGGGACAACUCAAGUGAUUUCCUAUAUUUUCUUUUUUUUAUUGUCAAGUCUUACCAAAUCAGCAACUUCACCCGCUGCUUGUGCAUGGCUUUUUAUCUGUGUUUAAAGGACUGGAUGUCAUUGUUUGCUGCUUUAUAGACGCGUCUAUCACGCUGCACAAAUGUCCUGCCCAGUUCUUUCCAAUAUUAAAGAUCAGGAUGUUCAUCCAUGUCAUGACCUCUCCUCAAAAGUCAUAUAGCAAUCAGGCUGUCGGCAGCUUGGAGUUCAGUCAUCUCCAUAACAAAUCACUACAUGGAAAUAUUUUUAUUUCUUACAUUGUCUGACUUUUUUUUUUUUCACUUGAGCUACAGUACUGAAGAGUUUAUGUAGGAAUCAAGGCUUUAAAUCUAUUAUCCACCCUUGGAAGAAUGCAGGGUUAAUCACAUCUAUUUAUGAUUUAAUAUGUAAUACUUAAAUAAAUACUUGGUGGCCACUGAAGACCAUCAGUUGAUGCACAAAAUGUUAGCAUCCAACAAAUAUUGUGCAGAGAAUACUUUAUUCAGAUAUAAAAUUUGCACACUAUGAAGAAUCUAGUUAUAUACACAGUAAUUGAUAUUUUUAACUCAAGUUUAAUACCAAACAUAUCUCUAUCUACUAACCACUUUAUUGUGCAUAUACACUGUCAAAGGCUUUCUGUCCUUAUGUAUGGAGUAAGCGUAUAUAUUUUUUUACUGUGUUUUGAGACAUUCCUAUUUUGCUGCUAUCUCAGCUGAAGUUUUACAUUUUCACAUUCGAUUAAAAAGCUAGAAGAAUAUCGUCAGUAUAUAUUUGUAAGGUAUUUAUGGAAUACAUCCAUCUGCUGUGAAUGUGAAUGCUGUACUCUGUUGUGAUCAGGUGUGUUCAAUCAUGUGAGAGUUUCAUCUGAUCGAGUAACCACUAAUCAUUAUCAACCACAGGUUUAAAGACUGUAGUGAAGUAGUUACAGUAUCUGACAUGCACAACGCGCACCCAGUGUCUUACUUAGAAUCAAAAUGAUUUUAUAUCUCCAUAUAAUGUCAAGUUGCUUAACUAAGAAUGACCCACAAAAUCUGGUAUCUCUUGUUUGAGAGAGUAUGUGAACAGCUAGUCCAGAAUUAUGUCAAAUCCCCUGCAAUAAUUUCCAUUAAUGGCUCACUGAUUAUUGUAAUGUUUAACUUGAAAAGGGCCAUUUUUUCCUGAAGAGUUGCUUCUCUGUGCCACACAGACUCUGGUAAAGAGGGCCUCUAUUUCUUCAAUUGGGUUUAAUACUUUGAAUAUUUUUUCAAAAAUCAGCCAUUGUCCUCAAGCGUGAUUUUCUUGAGCUCAAAUGUGGACGUUUAGAUGCAGAGGAAGCUGGCUGAGACAAAUCAGUACAAACAUUAGCUAAGUAUCUACAAUAAGUAAAACCAAAGUAAGUAAAGGCAACAGUCAUAGGCUUCUAUGCAGUUUGUAAACACUGGUACUGACCAUCUAAAAUGGAGGUUUUACCAAAUUCUGACAAAUAAUUAAAACAUUUUCCCUAUUAAAUAAGUAUGAAGUCACUCUUAUGAAUAAUGAAGGACUGCUUUGUCAUAUUUGUUAUGUUUAAUUCAAAUACCAAAUACACAAUAAUUAACCAGAGGUCCGAUUCAAAAUAAAUGAAAGGACUAGCAGAGGAGUUCACAAACCUCGCAUGUCUCUGUCUGAACCCUAAAUGUAAUUACAGUAAACUAACAAUAAUGCAGAGUGCCCCUAGAUUAGGUUUCUGCAGUAAAUGUCAGUGUGGUUGUUGUAGGUGACCUUCUGUUUUAAUCCAAACUGUGAUUUGAUAGUGCACCGUGGCCUACAGGUGCAGCUGUUUUCAAAUGACCUCCAUCCCUGCUUAAAUAAGAAAAAAAAAGAAAGAAAAGAAACUGCAUUGGCCAAUCUUAUACAACCUAUUCAGCCACUUUCUUUCCAGGAGAAAGAACAUUGCGUAUUUCCUCUUUGUUAAAAACAAGUUCUUGACGUUCACAGAAGACUGGAUACAUGUUGUGUCUUUGUUUAAUAUACAAGCGGUAUGCAGGAGAGUGUGUAAAUGUCUGAUAAGGUUCUUCAAUCAUUCUUUGAGUCAUAUGUGAAUCAAAUUUUAAACCGUAUUUUUGAUAUAAUGUUCUACAGUACAAUUAUCAGACUGUUGACUAUUUUAUGUGCGUUUUCCUCAGACAAUAUGACCACUGUUCACUUCACUAUUGUGUGUCAUGUUUAACUUGAGUCUUUCACUGUCCGUGCAGAAAACUGCAGAUCCAUUUUUUGUGCCUCUGCUAAAUUUGUCUCAGGCGACUAUGUCACCCUUGUACUGUUCUCCUCUUCCAUCUUGUCAACAUCUUUUAUUUUAUCAUUUGUUGUGUGUGAAAUUGUGGAAAAACCCUGCUCAUCAAGAUGUUAAUUCUGGACUUUUAUUAGAACUGAAUCAUCUGCUACAGAAAGUUCCUCUUGUAAAAUGAAUCAAAGUCAGUGUGGUGCCUAUUUGAAGAUUGUAGCUAAUUUCUCUGAUCCCACAUUUAAACCAGAAACAGUUAAAUGUUCAAACUGUUUUCGAAGUUUAUUGGCAACACGUCCCUGCUUGGUUUCUGUCAGAGAGAUGUUAUGUGUACCCACGGCUGUUUCCUCAAUUUCCAUUUCUUUGAAACACUACUGAAAUAAAACUGCUUCCUUUGAAGUGUUAAAUCAUUUUAA